AUGGAGUUUUACUUGGAGAUGGACCCUGUCACCUUGAACCUGGUCAUCCUAGUUACAAGCUACAUCAUCUUACUUCUGCUAUUCCUUAUCUCCUGUGUGCUCUAUGAUUGCAGAGGCAAGGACCCCAGUAAGGAGUAUGCUCCCCAAGCCACUCAGGAGGCCCAGUCCUCCAUCCAUUUGGUGGUGAUGCAGGAAAGCAUUCCAGAGACCCCCUGGGGAAGGAGGCAGGAUCUUCAUUUGGGGAAUCCUGUUCCACUUUGGAAGAAAAGCACAAUAGUGUGA